AUGCCUCGAGCACUGAAUAAUGCGGGUGAUGAGGCCACCCCCGUCUGUGGCCAAUGCAGAAAGUCUGGAAGAUACUGCGCGCGUCUUCUGAAGUCGUUUAGGUUUUCAGCCUACUCUUAUCAAUCAGGGACGGGAAGUCUUUCUAAAGAGGCCGCUGAAAAGAGACAAUUCCCCUCCCCCGAAAAUCCGCGAGAUGCACUUCAGUCACCAGAUGUGGCCUGGUAUUUUCACAACUACAUUGCGGAGCCUGCAAAGUGGUAUGACCUCGGCGAUGCCUCACGUCUAUUUGCCACAUGGGUCCCUGAGCUUGCUCUGGAUGAACCGCUCCUUUUCAGUGCCAUAGUUGCUUUGUCUGCGGAGCAUGUGAGCCAAACAACGAAAUCUAAGCCUGCAAAGGCAGUAGCUGAAUUCUAUCAUGGACACUGCGUCCAUCGCCUGAUCCAAUUGGACGAAAAGACCGAAUUGCUGAGAAACGGGGUUGCCCUAGCGGCCGUAUGUUUAUUACGAUCAUACGAGAUUUUAAAUGAGGACAUUGACCCCAACAGACACCUUCAAGGCGCGUAUUCAUUAGCAUCGUGUGAAGACUCUAUUGCAGCGAGCCCCCCGGGAAGUCUCCUAGCUGCUGGAUUCUGGAACUACCUCCGUGAGGAUAUUACUUUUAGCUUAUUUGAAAGCUGCCCAUUAAAAAUGGACGUGACAAUGGCUGCCGCUCCAAGUUUGACUGGUGAUCAAGACCAGCUCCACUCCAUGACGCUCAUACUUGGUCAAGUUAUCAACAAGGCCUUCGGCUAUCAAAUCUCAGAACCUGAGUGGGAGAGAUUAGUUUCCAUGGUUCAAACUUGGCUCGACAAGCUCCCAUCAAACGUCAAACCAUUCUCAAGAAGUCAGAGUGUGACUCCAUCAGCGGUUGGCGAAUUGCCAUGCUUCUGGUUCCUACAAGACUUUCAUGCUUCUGCAAGGCAGUAUGCCCUCAUCGCGCUCACUAUACUUGCCGCAUUUGCACCUUUGAAUCAGCUCUCAAUGUUGCCCAGCGUAUGUGAUGACGCCGAACUCAUUACCGCCGAUGUGAGUAAGGGGGAUUUACUGGAAACCUACGCUAUCGAAAUCUGCGGAAUUGCAUUCACAACGAAUAUUCCAUCCGUCCUUGUAAACUCUUUCGGCCCUAUUGCGUAUUGCGGCAAAUUCAUACGGUCCGAAGCCACCAGGCAAGAAGUCAUUCGCCGCCUGUCCGCGUGUAAACGGUCUGUGGGAUGGCCUGUUGAACGUUUAAUUUCCAGCCUAAAGGACUCAUGGACUGCGGAGCUGGAAUCUCCCAGUUUUUCUGGGGAAGCGGGUCCUGGGUUUGGAUCUUAGCCGUCCGUCCCCCGCUUCUUCUUCUUAGUGAACGCACCAAGUUGGAAGGGAAUUCCGAGCUCGGGUUUCUGUAUAGCAUCAUCAACGGAGCUUGCCCACGGCUAGUAUAAGUAGGCGGAGACGGAGGCGUAUAUAAGUAAAUUUUUGCAUCACUGAUAAUUCCCUUAUUGUUUUCCUAUUUUAUUAUCACAUCUAUCUAUACCCGAAAUAUCAAUUUAACAAAAAUUAUACAAUAACAACCGCAAUGCUUGCAAUGCGUUUUCGAGCCCCUCGACUGCUGAGUCGGGGUAUGGCCACAGUUUCUUCAGCAACAAAAGCUGCUUCAUCUCCUGGUCUUCACUGGCCGGCUGUGGUUCGCCCCAGUGCC